GUGACGUCAUGCAGGUCGGCAGUUACAUGAUCGUCUGCUGUGAUAGUCUUCGUAUAAAACCAGAAUGGCUGAAGGAUACCCAGUAGAUUUUGAUUCCGACCAAGGAGAAGGCAGUGGAGAAGAGGCCAUGUCAGGUGUACACCCCAUAGCAGCUUUGUUGAAGCAGUCAGGCGCAGCCCGUGGUGCCACCGCCGAAGACAACCUGGACUGGUUGUGGCAAAAGAAUAAAAGGGAGCGCAUGGGCGAAAUGAGAUCGUUGAAACUGGGAGAAAAACCCGUCACAGGUCACCAACGACAGGAAGUCCUGAAUGAUUUCUUGGCAAAGAGGGUGCAGGCUUCAGAAAAGGCUGCAAGUGGCAACAACGUCCCUUCAAAUAGUCAGAAUGUGGAGGAGCAUAGACCUGAUGCCAUCGUAGUGGAGGUCAGUGGUCUCUUUGAGAGAAGGCCCGUCAGUAGUAUGCUCCAAUCACAAUCAUUUAGGAGAGAUCUGGAGCGAAUCGUCCGAGGGAGCGUCUCCGAGUUUAGGCGCGUGAGCGCACAGACACCUCCUGCUGCUCCGCAGGUACAGGCACAGGCACAGGCAGCAGCCUCUGGGCCAAGUUCACCACGGACCAGUUCCCCAGCACCACGAGAUGUGGCGAGAGACACACCAACAGCUUUGGCACAACGUAAUACAAGAUCAAGGGCGUCUUCGCAGUCAAGUGGAGCACCAUCACAAAGCAGUGCGGCUGUCGCGUCACAUACAAGGGCAGCUCCCACACCACCAAGCAGGCCAGUGGCACCUCCAACUCCAGCUAUCGUUCCUCCGACAAACAAUGUACAAAAUGUUGGCCCGGGUGUGCCAUGGUUGUCUAGAGUACCAGCUUGGCAUGUCCCAACCAACAGAGACGAACUGUCGAGAGAGGAAAGACAGAGAUUUUCAUGGAAUUCCAUAGAGCAGUCCCAACGCGAGAACAUCAUCUCCGAGAUCAGCGAACUCGUCCACCAACAGCUCGUCACAUCUUCUUUAGAGAGCGAGUUCAGAGGUUCCCUUGAACUACAUAUGCAGUCACAUAUACAGCACUCGGGGCAUGAUGGUAGAAGGGUACAAGAAUUUGUUCAGAAUAUCCCGCAGUCUCAAUACAUCCCAAGAAAUGACUUCUCAGAGCUUGGCAUUGCACCUCCGGACCCAGCACCUGCAGCUUCCGUCUCCGAUUUUGAUAGUGGCAGCAUCAUGAGCGCAACAGCCCACCGGGUUCCUUAUGCACAGACGAACUUGGCCGUGUCUCGCGAGAUGCACGCCCUGAAAGCUCAGCUAGAGGAACUGAAAAAUAUGAUGACACUGAGCUUCAACGUCCAAUGUGACAUCCAGCGAUCUAUAAGACAAGAGGUGGCGGCUGCCAUGAACCAGGCCCAGCAAGAGCAAGCUGCUACAGCAACCCCCAACGUUCGUUCAGUCCCAGUCGAUGACUCACACUGCCUCAUCUGUUUGGAGGCUACUGCAGACACUGUGAUAUAUUCAUGUGGACAUUUAUGUUUGUGCCAGAAGUGCGGCUACACAUUACAAAACUGUGGUGGCAAGUGUCCAGUUUGUCGUGCACCAAUAAAAGACCUUAUGAAAGUUUUCAAGUGUAGUCCCGAGUAACAGAUCUUCGUUUUGAGCAUGCUUUGCAUUGCAAGAUUCAUGGACAAAGUGUGUAACUGUGUAAUAGGUGCAGAUCCAAGGGUGGAACAAUCCUGGCCCUCUAAAAUUUGAGACAAAUCUUUGAAAUCACCAAGGAACACAGGAUUACUUCUUGUACAUAAUGUUCAUAAUAGCAUAGAUGACAGAUCUUUCUCAUUAUGCUGAGACGACUUUCUCCACUGGUGGGGUAUUGUGUUCACUACAUGAACUUCCCUGCCCAGCUGCUAACAACCAAGUGGACCUGAACACAGAUCGCAAUCAAGUCACGUUGGCACAUACUGGCAUGGCAUAAUCACGUAAAUUUUGUCUCCUAGAUUUAUAUUUACUGCAUUUAUAAUUGCAUACCAUCCAUAAUCAUAUAUAUUUUGUAGAUGAACGACAAUGUAAUUUUACAUAAUACAGAUAUAUUAUGAAAACAUCA